AUUUGGUGCGGACCCAGUAUUAAAUGGCCGCUGGCAUGUGUGGUCAUGUGGAGUUGUGAGCCGCGUGAAUGAAUCGUGCUGUCACAGUGCUCUCGUCCUUGGGAUAAUUUAACCAUUUGUGUACAUUCCACACUUUGUCUUAUAAAUUAGAACGAGUGCGGUAAUUAUGGAAUAAAGCGUGCGUUUCAAGGCUUCAGCAUGGACGAAGAUCCGAAGGUGAAGUCUCACCGUGCGAGACACAGUGGUCGGAAAGCGGAGAAAAAAGAGAAAAAGAAAGGCCAUGAACAGGAGCUGACAGCGAAGCAGAGGAAUCCCAAGGCCUUCUCUGUGCAAUCUGUCCAAAAGGCGGAACGCAAGUUCAGGAGGACCAAGGACAUCCAGGAAAAGCGCCAUCAUGUUCCACUGGUGGAUCGCACCCCUGUCGAGCCGCCACCUUUCGUGGUGGCUGUUGUGGGGCCACCUAAGGUGGGCAAGACCACCCUCAUGCAGUGCCUCAUCAAGAAUUUCACCAGACAGUUUGUGAGCACCAUCACAGGACCAGUCACUAUUGUCUCUGGCAAGAAGCGUAGACUCACCCUCAUCGAAUGCAACAAUGACAUCAACUGCAUGAUAGAUAUCUCCAAGGUAGCUGACCUGGUUCUCCUCAUGGUGGACGCUAGCUAUGGCUUUGAGAUGGAGACAUUUGAGUUCUUGAACAUUUGCCAGGUGCAUGGCUUCCCGAGAAUCAUGGGCGUCCUUUCACAUUUGGACAUGAUCAAGAAUGCAAAAACCUUGCGUCAGACCAAGAAGCAGAUGAAGCAUCGCUUCUGGACAGAGAUUUACCAGGGAGCCAAACUCUUCUACCUGUCGGGACUCAUCAGGGGGGAGUACCUGAAGCAGGAGGUGCACAACCUGGGACGUUUUAUUUCGGUGAUGAAGUUCAGGCCCCUGCAGUGGCGGACAGCCCACCCCUAUCUUCUGGUCGACAGGAUGGAGGAUGUGACUGAUCCUGAGCUGUGCCGCACCAGUCCCAAGUGCGACCGAAACGUCUGUCUGUACGGCUAUGCUCGGGGAGCGAGCUUCAAGAAGAAUAACAGCAUUCAUAUACCAGGUUGCGGAGAUUUCGUGAUCCACGACAUCAGCCUGCUGCCAGAUCCGUGCCCUUUGCCUGACAAGGAGAAGCGUCGCUCCCUGAACGAGAAGGAGCGCCUGCUCUACGCUCCCAUGUCGGGGGUGGGGGGCGUGGUUUUUGACAAGGACGCCGUCUACAUUGACCUCAAGGGUAGCCACUCGCACUCCGAGGGCCGUGGGGAGGAGGGUAAACAGGUGGAUCAGAUGUUGCAGUCCAUGAUGCAAGUAAAAGAUGCCAUAGACACCAAGAUGCAGGCUAGCAAGUUCACCUUGUUCUCGAAUGGAAACAUUCUGUCGGCUGAUGACAUACAAAGUGCCUCUGAUGCGACAUUGAAUACGGGCCACGUACGGAGGCCCGCGUUUUCGUCCGGUGCCCUGGCCGAGGAAGGAGACAAGAGUUCCAGUUCGGAAAGUGAAGAAGACGACGAAGAAAUGUCAGCAGAGGACGAAGACCUUGAGGAGGACAGUGGCCUUGAGACCGAGAGCGACGACGACGAAGUUUCGAGCAUAAAGAAAGUUUGUUUUGACGAGGAUGGCAAACGGGGUGGAAGGACGCCAGCGAAUGUCUCUGCUCUCGAGGACGCUGAAAGCGAGGACGAUGAAGAAGAUCGUCAGAGGUGGAAAGAGAACAUGAAAGAAAAAGCAGCCCGUGCCUUCCAGGCUCGUUCGGAGAGGUCGAGGAACCUCCAAUUCAUUAUUUAUGGGAAAGAUGAAGACUACCAGGAAGAAGUGACGGAAGAAAGUUCCGAGGUGUUAGGAGAGUUGUUUCGAAAAGUUCGGAAGCAAGAAAACACGCAGGCCGAAAAAAGAUCUUGGGACGGCGUGGACAGCACAUUGUGCGCGUUCACCGAACGUGAUGCCCUUCUCAAGAACGAAGAGAUCUUGGACUUGAUCAAGGACUGUUUUGUUACCGGGAAAUGGAAGGACGAUGAAGACGCACAAGCCUUACUCGACAGAGAUGAGGAGCUUUACGGCGACUUUGAAGAUCUCGAGGCCAAGGACAAAGAACCUGAGGAAAAACCCGAGGAGACAGAGAAAGAAGUGGAGUCCAGUGGGAGGAGCAAGAAGCUGAGCCGGGAGGAGCGAGAGGCCCAGAUAGCGGCCAAGCGCCAGGAGCGGAAGAGGAAGCUGAAGGAGGCCUUUGACUCAGAAUACGACCACGAGGACGAGAAAACUUACUACGACGAGCUCAAGCAGGAGCUCACAGAACAGUCACAGAUGAACCAGAAGGAGUUCGAGGACCUUGACGAUGAGCGCCGGGUUCAAUUUGAAGGCUAUCGCGCAGGCUUGUACCUGCGUGUUGAGUUGCAAAAAAUGCCCUGUGAGCUGGUGAACCACUUCAAUGCCUCCUACCCAGUCAUCCUUGGGGGUUUGCUUGCAGGAGAAGGCCGCAUGGGCUUCUGCCAGGUGCGGCUGAAGAAGCACCGCUGGUACGGACGCAUCCUCAAGAGCAACGAUCCUCUCAUCCUUUCUCUGGGCUGGCGUCGCUUCCAGACCAUGCCCCUGUUCUGCACCCAGGACCACAACGGGCGCAACCGCUUUCUUAAGUACACCCCGAAGCACCUGCACUGCAACUCCACCUUCUGGGGCCCCAUUACACCUCAGGGAACUGGCUUUGUGGCAGUGCAGCAAGUUCACCAACAAACGGCCAACUUCCGCAUUGCCGCAUCGGGAGUCGUGUUGGACUUGGAUAGGUCGACGCAGAUCGUCAAGAAGCUGAAGCUGACUGGGAACCCCUUCAAGAUUUACAAAAAGACGGCCUUCAUCAAGGACAUGUUCAACACCCCACUAGAAGUCACGAAGUUUGAGGGCGCCGCUCUGAGAACUGUGAGCGGCAUACGGGGACAAAUCAAGAAGGCUAUCCGUGCUCCUCCUGGUGCAUUCCGAGCAUCCUUCGAGGACAAGAUUCUGCUGAGUGACCUGGUCUUCCUGAGAGCCUGGACGGAGGUGCAGGUCCAGCGCUUCUACAUGACCCUGACCACCCUGUUGAUGCCAGACGAAGAGAAGACCAAGUGGCAGGGCAUGAGGACGGUGGGGCAGCUGAGGGCCGAGAGGGGCCUCCACGCUCCGGUGGCCGCAGACUCCCUCUACAAGGCGGCAGAGCGCAAAACGUUCCACUUCAAGCCCCUGGUCAUCCCAAAGGAACUGCAGAAGCACCUUCCCUACAAGGACAAACCCAAGCUCAAGUCGAUCACAGAGGGAGGCAAUGCCCUUCAGCGAGUGGCUGUGGUGCUCGACGAGCCAGAGAGAGAGAAACUGAAACUGGUGGAGAUGAUGAAGGUGGUGAACCAGGAGAAACACAGGAAACUGAAGGAGAAGAUGAUCCAGAGGGUGAAGGAACACCGUAACGAGCGCAAGAAGGACGAGUUGAGGCAGCUGAAGCGACAGAAGGAGCUCAAGAAGAGGAUAUGCAAGGUCCUAGGCAAGAUGAAGAAGAAGCCAACACCCUAGAUGAUACAACACUCGCGUGUCCCCUGUAUUGUACAUAAAGUGAAACAAAAAGCGGCAUCCCUCA